AUGAACGGUCUGCGUAUGAAAAAAAGUGAAUGGGCUUGUCGCAGCAACAGUUCGAGACGACGCAAAAAUAGUGAGGUUACGCCUUCGGACAGUGUCAGUUUUUUGAAAAAAAAGAGCUCUACCGCAAAAGAAAACGUCCAGAUCUCGGUGGUUGCUCGUCCGAUCCAUCACGUCGACAAUGUGUGCAUGUGCUACGAGAAUCGCGAGGAUUGUUCCACGUGCUCCGACUCCUCCGACAAAAGCGAUGUGAGAGCAAGGGCGCUCUGUGCACACUUUUGCACAAUUUUCAGAUUUUCGUGCUCGACUCGUCGGAAGAUUCGGAGCCGCGCCUACGCGGCGGUUCUUCGCCUGCUCUGUUGAGUUCCGACGACGGACCUUCGCUUUUCGAGGAGAAUUUCGCUGGAAAAUUCGAUAAAUUAACGGACUUUUCGUUUUUCGAUUUGAAUUCAAACUCUCCGCGCGACAAUCAUCCGCCGGUGAGAAGCGUUCGGUGGAGCGCACUUGCAUUUUCUCGCUUCAGAUUUGCGUAAAUCCGCCGCAAAACGGGGAAAUCGAGCGGAAAGCGAUGGAAUUCCGAACAUUUGUGCACGGCGGAGAGCACACGCUCGCACAGAUUCGCACGAUGGACGAGUUUCACAGAGCUGUGGUCAGUUUGUCCUAAAAAUAAAGAAACGUUUAUUUUUUCUAAUUUUCAGAUUGAAGACGAUCUGGACGCUCUUUCGCAAAGAAUCGCAGCAGAAAUCUCGUUGGAAGACACCCGAAUCGAACAGAUGGACCGGGCGAUCGGAGCGUUCACCACCCGCAAAUAUUUGAAGGAUUUGUGCGAAAAGGAGGUGGCCGAGACGCGAAAACUCUACAUGCAAACUUCUCUAGUAAGUCAUACACCAUUUUAGAAGUUUCAAAAAAGCACAAAAGUUCAGUUCGACGAAGACUUGAUGCGCUCGAAUUUGAAUCGAAUCGAAGAGUUGAAGGCGGGAAUGGAAUGGAGAACUUCCAAAGAUGACGACGUCUCCACUUGCCAAUCUUUUUGUGAGCAUACAAUGUUCGGUUUGUAGGAAACGUUUAUUUUUGUUUUCAGGUCCGGAUGACGUGUAA